AUGUCACUUGCGGUACUGCCCAGAAACUUUGAUUCCAACCAAGAACCCGGACCAAUCGAGUCUGACCAGAGCUUACCUACCACAUUAGAUGAGAACGGGGAAGGAGAUGAAAUUAGCAAUCGCUCAGAUGUCCCUCGCAGCAAGUGGGAUCCGUGGCAUUUUGGAUCCCUUAUAACUUUGGGAAAGGGCAGUUACGCUACUGUCUACCUCGUCGAGUCAUCGCAGACAAGACAGCUGUACGCAAUGAAAGUAAGGAGUAAGAGAUUUUUACAGGUGACUUCGGAUAUAGAGUCCUUCGGCAUAGAAAAGGCAGUACUGUUACUGGCGAAAAGGGAAAAACAUCCCUUUGUAGUUGAGGUCUUCGGCGGAUUUCAAACACAAUCACACAUCAUGCUAUACCUAGAAUUUUGCCAGGGCGGCGACCUUAUCCACUACGUCAAUACAGGAGGGCAGUUUGAUAUAAAGCGAACGAGAUUCUAUGCUGCCGAGGUGUGUCUCGCACUUAAAUGGUUCCAUGACAUGAAUCUGCUUUAUAGAAGCCUCAGCCUAUACGACAUUUUGCUUGGACUUGAUGGACACAUCAAACUAGUAGACUUUGUUGUUUCAAAGGUUGAUAUCCACCCUGCAGGCGAAACUAAAACAUUUUGCGGUACAUCAGAAUUCAUGGCUCCCGAAAUGCUUUUGGACCGUCCGUAUAAUUCAUCCAUCGAUUGGUGGCAAUUAGGAAUUAUCACCUACCAAAUGCUUACCCAGCAAUCGCCAUUUCAAGGCGAUAACGAGGAUGAAAUCUACGACUCAAUAUUAGCGGAUGAACCAUCAUUUCCCGCCUACAUGACAAUGGAUACAAUUGGUUUCGUUCAGAACUUACUCAGUAAAGAACCUGAGAGACGAUUAGGGUCUGGAACAAAUGGGGCACAUCAAGUUAUGGCUCACGCAUUCUUCAGUGAAAUAAACUGGGAUGAUUUGUAUCACAAGCGAGUUCCCGCUCCCUUUAUACCCACAGUAGCAAACCGUAUAGAUACCUGUAACUUCGACUCAGAGUCUGCGCUCCUAGAUACACAAGCGAUUGUCGACACCCCAGAAUCGUUAUCCCCAGAGAUGCAAGAAAUGUUCCGAGGAUUUGAAUUUUCUGCAGAUUAA